AUGCUGCCAGCUGAUCUCUCAUUUAUUGAAACAGUUGUUGUUGUACCUCAUUGCUCUGAAGCACUGAAGCCUUUCGUUGGUCAGUGUUUCAAAUCAGUAGAUUUUGCAGCUGCAUUCUACGACGUUCGACAAGGUAAGAAGAAGACAGAGGAGGAUGACAGGUUGAAUGCCAGUAAGGGGUUCUCAAUGAAACACAGACGCCUGACGAACAGAUGUGGUUGUCUAGCUAGGAUAUCCUUUCGGUAUUUCUGUGAAGAUGGAGUUCCCGGUUACAAGAUUCAUGAGUUUGUGGAGACACAUAACCAUACCAUGGUAGAGGUUCAGCAUCAGCCAUUCAUGAGUAUAAAUCGAAAAUUGAGUGAAGUUCAUGAAAAAUUUAUUCUCGACUGUUCCAAGGCUAACAUUGGGCCUACGCUGACUUUCAAAUUCUUGAAAGAGGUAUUGGGAGGCUAUGAAAUGAUGGGGUGCACCAUUGGUGAUAUACGUAAUGCAUCUCGAGACAUCAAAGCAUACGCACAUGGGUACGGUGUUCAAAUGGUGUUGGACGAGAUGCGUAGGAAGAAGGAACUGUCUGAUGCAUUUACUUAUCACUACGAAGUGAUCAGUGAGAACCAGUUGCAAGCCCUUUUUUGGUGCGAUGGUGUGUCGAAGAGGAAUUACCACAUGUUUGGUGACAUUGUUGCUUUCGACUCCACAUAUAAUACAAACAGGUACUGUAUGAUAUUUACCCCAUUCACUGGGAAGGACAAUCAUGGGAAACAUGUUACUUUCGCUGCUGGGCUGGUUUCAAACGAGAAAACAGGUGCAUUUGCAUGGUUGUUUAAACAUUUCAUUGAGUGCAUGGUUGUCGCACCCAAAAUGAUCGUAACUGACCAGGAUAUGGGUAUGCGAUCUGCUAUUGAGGAACUUCUCAUUGGCACAAAAUAUCGUUGGUGUAUGUGGCAUAUAAUGUACAAGCUAGUUGUCAAGGAGCCGAAGAAGCUCCUCACAGAUGACCAUUUCAAGAAGGAGUUCAACGCUUGCGUGUGGUCCGACUUACAUGAACCAGCGGAGUUUGAAGAAAUAUGGAAUGGAAUCAUUGAAGAAUAUGGUCUUCAAGAUGUGGAGUGGUACAACACCAUGUAUCGCCACCGGAAGUACAGGAUACCGACGUACUUUAGGGAUUUCACCCUGGGCUCAAUGAUAAGGAUUACAUCAGUUUCUGAGUAA